AUGGAUGACUCAAGAACGUCCAAAGCCAACGACCAGUAUCUUGCGACCUACGAAGGCGGUCACGCGAUGCAGCCGCCGAAGGCGUUCUCAAGUCGUAUACCAAGGCAGCCACUGGUGCUGAAAGUGACGAGUGGAAGAAGGCAGCUUGCACUGCUCAUGAAUUUGAGAUCGAGUAAUGUCGAUACGGCUUUCCUCUAUGAGCCUCUACGGAUUCAAGCAGGCAUCUCGUGUCUGGGACAAGAUUACCGACAGCCAUCUCAACGACAUGGGUUCAAGGCUGCGCCUACUGGUCCAUGUCUAAUCACGAGAUGUGAAGGUGACGACGAGGGAUUCUUCCAUAUUGGGAGUAAACUUGGUGCACGCACCACGGGCGCCUCCUCUUUUGAUUUCAGCGGAGCCGCGCUUAACGAUAUUGCGUGGUGUGGUAGAUGGGAUGUCGUUACAUCUCGUGGCAAGCUCCCAGUCUCGCCCCUCUGUGUUCGCGCGCAAAACCCGUUUACGCGCAGCCAGCCCAUGUUGAGUCGAUUUCUGGAGAAACCGGGACAGAAGCACAAGGGUGCGGGCAUCAGGGCCGUUCGCUACCUGUUGCAGACCAAGGAUGUGGGCAUACGCGCGAAGGACGUCAAGGACCUGGACUCAUUAAAUACUCCGAUGCAGACUGGAUUUGGAACCACGAUGACCGACGAUCGAUGA